AUGGCAGCCUCAUCGCAACACAUCCGCAAGCGGCAGUUCCAGCCUUCAACCCAGACCACGCUCAACUCCUACUUCAACCGCAACGCAGACGAUGCCUCCCUUGAAAGAUCCAGGUCACCGAUGUCACCACCUCUACCAGCUGAGACCGAAGCAUCACUCUUGAACGUCGGCAUGAGGAUACGCAAGUCCUUGCCGGAAGGAUACAAGACACACAAGACGAUCGGCCAAGCCGGGUUUCCUUUUCACAGCUCAGCACCAUCGGCAUCUUCGGCCCCAAUACGGCCGCCACUGAGUCCCAUGCGAUCGAACGAGCUACAGCCAUUCUGCGGGCUUCACAAGAUAGGAGGAUGGGCUGCUCAGGAGACACCUUUUUCGUCCGCACCACCGGCUAUGCGAGGACAGCAAGAAGAGGACGAUGAUAUGCCUGGACUUUCGACGUCCCAACACACUCUUCACUCCACGCAAAGUAGCUUUGCAUCAGCUGUCGACUCGAAGAAACGCACUUUUGAAGAUGGCUACGAGGAUGAUGCCGAGGACGCCAUGGAUGCGUUCUUUGACGAGGCGGAAGAUGUCACUACAAUCCCAGCCAAACCAGCUCAGUCCAGGCCAAUGGCCAGGAUGAAACCUACAGCUCGGAAGGCUGCACCGAUAAACGCUGUGCGCAUCUUUGGAGAAGACGAUUUCGAGGAAGCGACCUUCUUGGUCCCGAUGGAGGAGUAA